AUGUUAAACAAUUGGGGCAGAAUGCUGGCUAUUACUAAUAAUACUUUCCAUCUAAUCUUUAUUACCAAACACAAUAGAAAUCACAAUUUAAUGUUGAACAUUUUACCAGUUUUCCUCUUAUAUUUAAUUUUCUUUCUAAAUCAGAUAAAAAUAAUUAAAAUUCUGAUUAAUUUUUUGUUUGUAAGUAAGUUUCUCCGUAAGAUUAAAUUAAUAAACAUAAUUUUGAUUAAAGUGNUAAUAAGAAUCAAUAAUCUAAAGUUUAAGUAUAUAAAAAAAAAUCUAAGAAUUGAAAAAUCAAAAGGCUAUCAAUCAGUAUGAAAAAUUUAAUAUACAAUGGUAAGAAUUUAAUGAAAAAUUGAAAAAUAAAAUUGCUUAAAGAUCAAAACAGCCAAAUCUUCUUGAUUAACAGCAAUGUAAUUCUAUAUUCUAUUGAGAGAUUAUAAUACAAAAGUAGAAACUUUAAAUAUGCUUUAAUCUAUCUAAAAUCAAUUAACAGAUGAUGAAGAAGUAUAGAAAAAGAAACUUAAUCCACUUGGAAAUCUAUUUCUAAAAUAAAGAAAAAUUUUUAAAUUAAAAACAGAGCCUUAAUCUAUCAAAAAUGUGGUUCAUAAUUUAAUUGCUAAAGAAAGACUUUUUUAUGUUCCAAAUUCUCAAAAAUUAAAAAGUAGUAUUUUAAAUAAUGAACCUAUAUAAAGAGAUAGAUGUAAAUCAGAAUUUGAUGAGUUAAAUGUAUAAAUUGUAAAUAUAAUAAAGGUUUCUGGGACAAGUGUUUAUGAUAAAGAAUUUUAAUCAAUAAAAUAAAUACCAGAUAGAUAAAAUUAAAGAUAUAAAUUAUUUAAACACAAACCAAUAGAUAAACAUUCUGAUAUUUGA